UUUAGACGUUUGACAACUCAGCACACGUUGAAUGGCACUGACAGUUUCUGUAUAAAUUAAUACACAUUUUCGAUAAACAACUGUAAAUCAUUUAAAUGGCUAGUCCUAGGACAAGACGUAUCUUAAAAGAACUGAAAAUAAAAACCGAUAACAAUAGAUGUUUCGAAUGUGGGGGCCAUAAUCCCCAAUGGGUAAGUGUGAAUUAUGGAAUAUGGAUCUGCCUGGAGUGUUCAGGAAAGCACAGGGGUUUGGGAGUUCAUUUAAGUUUUGUGAGAUCAGUGUCUAUGGAUAAAUGGAAAGAUACAGAAUUGAAGAAAAUGGAAGUGGGUGGUAACAAAGAGGCUAGAGAAUUUUUUGAGUCACAGUCGGAUUACAAAAGUGAUAUGAGUCUAAAGGACAAAUACGACACACGAGCCGCAGCUUUGUACAGAGAUAAGAUUUCUUGUAUGGCUGAAGGAAAACCGUGGUCUAUUGAAAUGUCCUCAGCUAAAAAUUACACAGCCCCAAAACCAAUGUACAAGAUUAAUGACAGCUUUGAUAUAGACACCAAUCGUGAUGACCAAUUUGAAGACGACUUUGGAAAAAGCCAUCUUACACCUAGUCAGGGUGGUAAAUAUAUCGGGUUUGGAAGUGCACCUGUAGAAAAAGAGAAAAACGAUGUAUUUGAGAAUGCUUUUGGGUCUUUAUCUUCAAGAUUUUCUAGUCUAGCAACCGGAGCUUCCAAAUUUGCGUCAACUGCUUCUGAAAGAGUUUCUGUAUUUGCUGAUGUGGCGACCAAAAAGACAAAAGAGAUUAGUCAAUCGCUCAAUCAGACUGUUGUGAAACCUGCAAAAGAUAAAAUCGGAACAGCAAGUUAUUCGGGAUGGAAUAGUUUAUCAAUGUUCUGGAAUGAUAAAGUGGUAAACGCGGGAAGCCACACUGAAAGAGAUACAUUAAUAAAUUCUAAUAGUACCGGUAGUAACAAACAACAAGAUACAGACAGUGACAAGAAGCAAGAUUCAUUACUUGACACUGAAGAAGAUAAAUGGGGCGACAACUGGGAAAAUGAUUGGCACAGCAAUAGCAGUAGUGGAGGGAAAUCUUCAACAAACGAAGUAAAUGACGAUGAAGCCUUCGAAGCAUGGUUGAAUGAUGAAAAGCCAUCGGCAAAGCUGAGUCACAAUAAUACUGGUUAUGUGGGAAAAAAUAAAUCAAAGCAAUCCAAUGAUGAUUAUAAUUUGGUUGAUUUUUCGGACAGUCCAAAAGAUGGAAUAUUGAAGAAUGACUUUGAUAGGGAUAAUGAACAGGGUGGUAAUUUUAAUGAAGUGUGGGCCAAAGAUGACAGUGAUGACGAUAAUUGGAAAGCCUUUUGAUGCAGACAUAAAUUAUAAGCUUAUUAAUUUUAGGUGGUUAUAUGAUUUGUAACCAAAUAUAUCAAACUACGCUGGUCGGGUAUUUCAAUUGCUGAUAAAUUUUGUGUAUAUUAGAUGCUGAGACUGUGAUGCUCAUUUUAUGUUGUUUAUAUGUUGUUUACAAUGAACUGGUGAUGAAGCACUAUUACAAUUAUAUUACAAAAUGUACAUCCUACUAUUUCCAUUGGUAUUUUAAUGAUCGUUUCUUGUAAAUUUACAUCUCUACUAAUUAGAAAUUAUUGAUUUUUUAAAUAUGAAUGUGGUAUGGUGUUGAUUAUAGAUUUUGAAAAAUCUAUUCUGUCAGUAGGAAUUAUAAAAAUAAGUGGGGGGUUGGAUGGCCGAAUGGUUAGCGCAUGCAUGCUGAAUCAUAAUGUCUUUCAUUGAGUCAACUGACCGCAAGGUUUCGAUUCCCCAGUUGUACGUGACAAGAAGUAGGGUCGCCUGUCCAACCCCAUGGGUUUUCUCUGGGUUCUACAGUUUCCUCCCACUGCUAAAGAUCCCUAGCGCAAGUCAAUUGUUGAAAUAAAGUUGAACCAUAUGUUAGUCCCAAAAUGACCUAGUUUGUGUCAAGUGGGCGUUAACCCCAUUUCUCUCUCGAUAAAAAUGAGUAAAAGUGCUGUCGAUAAAAAUGAGUAAAAGUGCUGUCUAUGUCUUAUGUGUCAAAAUUGUGUUGUCACUACAGAGAUUAAUGUCGCUAAAUGCCAAAAAUUAGGAAAUGUUUGAAAUUUUAUUACUACAGUGCUAGAGAUUGUUUUGAAAAGCCAUACUAUAUGUGUUGUAUUAAUGAUACACGCUGGUUACAUUACGUGUAUUGAUAAUACUUUUAUAUAAAACAUGGAUACACUCAGUGCAGUAUAUUUACUGUUAGGAAUACACCUGUAAUACACAGUAUAAGAUAUAUUUAUUGGGAGAUGCAAUUGUAUUGCACGGAAGAUUCGUGUAUUAUUUGGAGGUAUACAUUAGUAUUUUACAGGAGACCGAUGUAUAUUCCCAAUGAGUUAUUGAGAAAUACUCUUGUAAUACCCAAUCAAGUGGAUACCCAUGUGUAUUAACUGUGAGUUAUUAGUAGUACCUUGGUGUUUAAAGUCUGCUUCAACAAUAGAGUUAUUGAUAGAACUGUUGUUAUAUAUCCAAUAGAUCAUCUAUAUCGACUGUGAUUAAUAGGGAGUAAUAAAUGACAUAGUAAUAUACAGUAGACCCCUUACAUUGACUGGGAGUUAUGGGGGAGUACUCUUGUAAUAUACAUAGAUAUGUAUAUUGGCUGUGAGUUAUACUUAUAGGGGUAGUACACUUCUAAUAUACAGUAGACUGUGAGUUAUAGGGGGAAUACCCUUAUAAGAUACAGUAGAUUGACAUCUAAACACUAUUCCGCCAAAAACAGACACCAAACCUACAGAGUGGGAUAGUGGAGUAAGGGGAGGUCACGAUAAGACGGGCCUAGCACCUAAACACAAACCCCUCAAAGAUGACAUCUACCAAACUAGCAGGAUAGUGGAGUAAGGGGGAGUUACGAUCAGACGAACUCGGCACCUAAACACUAUUCUGCAAAUAAAAACUAACACCAAGCCCAAAGAGUGGGAUCGUGGAGUAAGGGGAGGCCACGACAAGACGGGCCUGGCACCUAAACACUAACCCCAAACGAUGACAUCUACCAAUCCAGAAGCAGACGAAAUCAUCCAUCAAACGAUAUGUUUUAUAUUAAAUAAAGGGAAGAACUUCCCACUAAACCAAAUCCAUGGCCUAAUGCCAAAUGGAAAGAUUGCAAAAUCAUAUUCUAAAAACAGGAAUCAGCUAAAUUCGGCUCUCCUAUGUCUUGUCUGCGAUAUCACUUAUGUGGAAGCAGACGUUAAACACCAAGAACUACUACUACUACUGUGAGUAACUGGUGAAUACACUUAUAUUUGUAUAUUGAACAAGUUAGAAUAAUGUUGUUUUGUAAGUUGUAUUUACUGUGUUUCAUUGGACUAGAGUAUUUUUAUUAUAUAUAUAGUGUAGCAGAUAUCGUCCACUGAAAUCAACUGUUCUAAAUUGAGUAGCCUGUACAUGAUGUGAAAUGCAAAAUAUUAUCCUAUUUAAAAUAGAACCAAAUAAAUCCAUCUUAAAGGGUAUUCAAAUUCUAUGUCCAUAGAUAAAAAGUGACGAACUGGUAUACAUGGACUUUAUUAGUGAAAUGUACCAAAUUAGCUGGCAUUCCCAUAACAUAAUCCCAUUCAUAUGGUCAUAUAAUAUUGGAAGAUGAGUUAUUGAGCAUGAUGCUAAUUUACAAAAAAAGGGUAGCAUGUGUUAUCAUAUAAGAUGAUAUUAAUUAGGCUUAGUCACUCACUGUAAAUAUGGAAUUUUAUGUCUAUAUAGAUAAUUUUGAAUUGUCAAUGGUUGACAAAUAUAUGUCAUGAAAUAAAUAAUGCAUAUUGAUAUUACCAAGCAUGAAAUUAAAACGAACAGAAAUCAUUCACAAUAUUAGUAUUUCUUUAUGUAGACUAAGGGUGGCCAGCCUAUGGCACAAGUGGCUCAUUGGACGAUUUCAUGUUGCAUAUUUUACCAAGGGCCACAUUUUGAUGAUGAGAGGCACAAGGGUAUUCCACUUAUGAGACUCCUUUCAAUUCCCCACCUUCACGACUAAGGGAAGAUGAAAGUGUGCUUCAACACAAUUGAUCAAAGCCAAGGAUGAUUUUGAAUGUUUUAAGACUACAGUGCGUGUAAGAAAGGCUUAUAACAAUUCUUAAGAAUAUUGUACACCUUGGUCAGAGGCCCCUAGAUCUUGAUGCCUAUAGGUAAGUCUGGCACUGAAUGCAGUUAGUGCACCUCAUAAUAAUAAUGGUCUAAUUAAUAACAAAUAUGAUUCCAAAUCUCAACAGCUUGGGCAAAUCAAAACAGAAUCAAAAGCUAAAUACAAUGUAAAGUUUCUAUCUCCCUUAACAUUUUUUCUCAGGGUGGUGGGGUUUGGAUGGCCGAAUGGUUGGCUUGUGCGCGCUGCACCAUACGGUCUGUCAUUGAGUCAACUGGCAUGGUUUUGAUUCCCAAGUUGUACGUGACAAGGAGUAUGGUCGUCUGUCCAAACUCGUGGGUUUUCUUUGUGUCCUACACGCAAGCGAAUUAUUGAAAUAAAAUUGAACCAUGUGUUAGUCCCAAAAUGACCCAGUUUGUGUUACGUGGAUGUUAAACCCCAUCUCUCUCUCUCCUUUUUCUCAGUUGAAAGUUAAAUGGCACAUCUGAAGCACACAGGUAAUAUUUAGCACAGAAUGUUGAAGGUUGACCACCCCUUAUGUACUACAGUAACUUUAUCUUUUGUUUUAAUCAUAUGAGCAUUUAUUAAUGUUAAUAUAAAUUAUUGUAAAUCUAUUAGGCCUGCCAGUAUUUGAAAUGGGUACUUACCUUGGAUAUCUGUUUUAUGCUAUAUUUGUAAAUUACAAUUCAAGCAUUACAUAAUUGUUAAUUCAUAUAUUGUUAACUUUUGACAUGGCUGCAUAGGUAGAUAUAUUAAUGUUCAGCUGUUGUAUUUAUUGGAGCCAUUAUGAUGCUUACAUACAUGUGAAAUUUGUUAUAUUAUAGGCUCAUUGAGUUCAUUUCACAUAUUAAAUGUCUUUGUGUCCUGGAUUAAAAAAUCGUUUUUGUGCUCAUACUUAAAAUCUACCAUUCAUUUAUCAAAUAUUGUAUUUAUCUUUACUUCCCAUCCAACAUUCAGUACUAAAAUUGCUGACAUAUCACCAUAGGCGUACGAGCUGGGGGGGCGGCUGCUGGGAAAAUUUGGGCACACAGUUGUAUAAAAAAAUAUUGUGUUCUUGAAUGUGUCCAAUCUAACAGCAAAUUUAUUAUUAUUAUGUAACAUACUAAGAACCUAACUACAUUUUUUGGGCACCAAAAACCACCGCCCCCCCCCCCCAAUCAAAAAUUUCCCCAUACGCCUAUGCAUAUCACACCAACAAAAUCGCAUCGUGUGAAUCUCGAUUGAGGUAACUUUGCGAGAAAUAUUGCCAUGGUAUGUUGGAAAGGUAGUAAAUAUGAGAAUUUUUCAUAAAUAGAUUAUAGAUUUAGAAUCAUAAAGGUGUUAUGAUUUGUAGUCCAUGACACAAAGAUAUGAAGCAUCUUCUCAAUUGUCCAGCACAUUUAGUACAACAUAGUGGCCCAUGAAGCCAAGUUGAAGGCAACAGAGCUUUAAUGGUUCCUGAACAAUUUUGCACAUGAUUUUGAUGAUCUGUGCCACACCCACAUCAGAACAAAGCGGAGGGGGCGUGGCAUGCCAUGGUAUACUAAGUAUGUUGUAGUGAUGAUGUGAAGAUGUAUUUUUAAACCCAUUGUAAAUACUCCAUAUAAUUAUUAUAGAUUCGGGAUGUAGAUAAGAGUUGGACUUACAAUAACCCCCUCUCUUUGAUCUGCAUCAAAAUUUAACAUUUAUGGCCAAAACAUCCAUAAGCCAAAAAUGGAAGUAAAAAUUAGUGAAUAAACUAUUUCCUACCAUGAUGUACAGUCCCAAAUAGCUAGAAAGUUUAUGGCAUUUUAAUCACAUUCCACCUGCUAUGAACACCCCCACCAUAUAUUUAGUUGAAUUUGUUGUAUAUGUAAUAUUGUCACUGUUGUACUAUUUUAAACCAGGCUUAUGGGAAUAUCUUGACACAGUAUGAUAGUAAACUCCCAUUUCCAGUUCAUUUUGGCGCAAGAGUACUGUGUGACUUUAAUAAUCUCAAUAAUUAAGUGUGGUAUUAAUAAAGCUAGUUUGCAUCAAUUAUUAGAACUAAUAUAAUUAUUAGACAAAAUAAUGCUUGUCAUCCCUACACAUGGUCACACUCAACUUAGCUUCUAGUAAUUGUAACAGGCCAAUGUUACAAUAACAUACAAGUCUAAUAUUGGUCACUAAGGUACAACACGCCAGAUCAUUCAAAGGUAUUAUAUCCUCAAAGUCAAAAUAUAUACUAUUUUAAUGUUAAAUCUAUUAUAAUGUAAUUAAGCACUUCUGAGUAUAAGACCUUCAUGUAGAAUGAGCUGGCUUAGGCAAAAAAAAUUUUCUUUAUAAAGAUGGUGUUGUGAAACAAUAAUAUGUUAUAAUUAAUUGAUUGGAAUACAUUUUGGACUAAUACGUUUUUUUUCUAAAAAAGUACUUCAGUUGUGUAAACUCUCUUUCUCUUGAAAGUAAAUAUAGAAAUCCAGAUUUGAAUACUACGAUUAAUCAAACAUACGCUUUGAUUCUUUAUCCUGGUCAUACUGUGUGAAUAUAUCCAAGGAGAUGGUUUAUUACCAUAAAUGUUUAACCAAAAUAAAAGCAUAUUUACUACG